AUGGGCUUGAACUCUAUCUCCUGGGGCCACUACGACACAACAAACAAGCCUGGCCUCCCCUGCCCCAUCACACCCGUUGACCAGUAUACUGGAGCCCAGCUGUGGUCUGAGGAGUUGGGAAUACAGGUUCAAGCCCCACCCCGCGCUACGGUUCUCAUCUUGUCGGCCUGCGUCAAGCACGGCAAUACGCCCAUGGGCCCUGACGACGUCCGGUUCUCUAUCACACAGUAUGCGGUUGGUGGUAUUUGGGCAUGGGCUCCGUAUGGCUUCAAGCCUUUGCCAAAGAAGGCAGUGGACAGGGAGAGGCUUCAUAAGGCGGCGAACGUUUCACCUGGGUCCCAGCUUGAGGCUCAGCUCACCCUACUCUCGCGCCACAAUAAAUUGAACACCAAUUGUGAAUGA